AUGGCGGCGACAUUGACCUCUAGGACUUUUGCGGUCACCGGCGGUGCUUCUGGAAUCGGAGCCGCGACAGCUCGCCUCCUCGCACGUCGCGGUGCCGCGGCCAUAUUCAUUGGCGAUGUCAAUACCGCCGCGUUCGGCCAGAUGAGAAACGAGUUGCCGGCCAUCAACCCAGGCACAAAUGUGCACACCACAACCGUCGACGGAGGAACGGGGCUGCGUGGACUGGCCAAUGUCGUCGGGGUGGCUGGUCGUCAGGUAUCCAACAAGCCGGGCUCCAAGCUUUUCGAGGAGACGGUCGAGCAGUGGCGCAAGGCCAAUGGAGCAUGGCCGAGGAUUCCUACCCAGCCUUCGUCAACGUCGCUUCCAUGGCCGCGAUUUUCCAUUCCGGCGGCAACUUUGGAUAACGGCACCACCAAAGCCGGCCUCGUCCAUUUCACCACGAGUGCGGCCGAGGACCUCUACGACCUGGGUAUCCGCGUCAACUGCUGCAGUCCCGGGACGACCAACACGCCGAUCCUCGACAAUGCGUUGGAAGGGCAGAACAGGGGACGAAAGCAUCAAGAUGCUUCAGUCGCAGGUGUUUCAAGGCCACGGAGCCGUCGAGCAUUGCCCCGGGUGAUAUUGUGGUUGCUGAGCGAGGACUCUCUCGACGUGAGUGGAGUGAAUAUUCCAGUGGACCAGGGGAUUUCUUGA